UUGUUUCUUACAACAUUUUUUUUUAAGUAAUUUCUCACAAAAAAAUGGCUUUUAAUCGAUAGUUUUUGACUAAAAGUCAAAAAAUAAAUUAAGCCACUUUAUAAUCAUCCAAAAAUUGUAAUCAGCAUAAUUUCUCAUUCAAUUUGGAAAAAUAAAAUAAAAAUUAUACCCUUAUUCUAAUCCACAUGGCCUAGUCCAAAAAUUUUAAAAAAAUUUGCUCUCCACUUCCGAAGUUUCACUUAGCGCUUAAUGUCCUAAAUCACGGAAUACUUAAAAUUUUAAAACAGCCCGCCUACUCCCCUACUGCUUAACAAAAUCACAAGUAGAAGAAUCCUAAGUGCAAGCUCCAAAAUAACCUUUGCUGUUUAAAAACAUUUCGCAGAGUAAAUUUGACCGCGCAAUUUUCAUUCCAAAACCCAAACCUGAAAACUGUCCAAAUAAAAACAUAUUCCCAAACCCAAAUUUCCCAAUUUUCAAAAUUCGAAACAACCCCCCUUCAAUUCAAUUUUUCACCGAACCAAACCGAAAUUAGAAAUUAAAAUGUACAUUCAUAGAACCGCGAAACUUUAACAUUUUUUGAAACAAUCUCAAAUGGCGCCUUCAUUCUUCUACAAAGACUCUCACUUCUCUCACCUCCAUUUCCACCACCACUCUUCUUCUGCUUCCUUCUCUUUCUCUCUCUAAUUUUCUCUUUCGGCUUUCUGGUUAUCGGAACAAUGGCGAAUCAGGAGAAUUGUAUGAGGGUUACCAGGCAGUCGGCGAAGCGAAGAGCUGCCGAAGCUAUGUCAGAGAAUCCGCAGCAUCAGCCACCGGCGAACAAAAGAAGGGUUGUUUUGGGUGAAAUACCUUCGAACAUUUUGGGAAAUUCAAGCUUAAGAUCUUGUUCUGAGCCUCGUGCAAGAGGUCGUUCGAGGAAACCUGCUAAACCAAUUAGCAGUUCGUCGAUUCCGGCAUCGGAGAAAACUCCGGAAGAAGAUGUUGUUGGUGUUGGAAAGGUAGCUAAUGAACAUAUUGAUGCUGGUUCAGAUGAUCCUCAAAUGUGUGGGCCUUAUGUUACUGGAAUUUAUGACUAUCUGCGGAAUAUGGAGCAAGAAGAGAAGAGACGGCCGCUGGGAGAGUACAUGCAGAUAAUUCAGAAAGAUGUAAGUGCGAAUAUGAGAGGAAUUUUGGUGGAUUGGUUAGUAGAGCUUGCUGAAGAAUUCAAGGUUGUUUCAGACACACUUUAUUUGACAAUUUCACACAUCGAUCGAUACUUGUCCCUCAAACCGAUUAAUCGACAAAAACUUCAGCUUCUGGGUGUUUCUGCUAUGCUAAUUGCAUCGAAGUAUGAAGAAAUAGAUCCCAAACCUGUUGAGAAAUUCUGUGAUAUGACAGAAAAUACCUACACUAAACAAGAGGUUGUAGAUAUGGAGGUUGAUGUACUCAAAACUCUCAACUACGAAAUGGGUAAUCCUACCGUAAAAUCGUUUCUCAGGAGGUUCACCAGGGUUGCUCAAGGAAAUUCUAAGACUCCAAAUCUGCAGUUGGAAUUUUUGGGUUACUACUUAGCUGAGCUCAGUUUGCUAGAUUAUGGAUGUGUGAAGUUCUUACCUUCUAUGGUAGCGGCAUCAGUUAUUUUUCUUGCAAAGUUUACAACACAACCCAAAAAGCACCCUUGGAAUUCAAGCUUGCAAUCUUAUACUGGUUAUAAACCAUCGGAUCUAAAAGAAUGUGUUCUUCGGAUCCAAGACUUGCAACUAGAUCGAAGAGGCGGGUCUUUGGUAGCAGUACGAAACAAAUACAAGCAGCAUAAGUACAAAUGCGUUUCAACAUUAGCAUCUCCAGCAGAGAUACCCGCUUCUUACUUCGAUGAAGUUAAGGAGAGAUAGAUCACUCGGAUCGCAGAUCUUGCUUAUUUUGCCAUAGAUAAAGCUCUCAUUGCUAAGUGCUAAAGAUGCUACCGAUGAGCAGCGUUUCACAUUUUUUUUGUAAAUUUAGGAGUUUAAUUGCUGAUUGAGUGUAGCAAGCAAUUUUUGAUAUGAAUUGAAAGCCAUGACAUCAUAUGCUUGUAUGACUUGACAUUGAUGAAGUUGCCGGAGCAGAUCUGUGCAGUAUAUAGGCAUGUAAUUUAGGGUAAAAUCAGAAUCUGGUUGUAGAUGAUUAGUCUAGUGGUUAAUUGAGGAUGAAUGAAAUUAGCACUUGUUGGAAACUUCAGAUUAAUAAGACUUGCAUUAUUUGCCUCA